AUGUCGGCCAUGGAAGCGACGUGUUCAAAGAAACUUUGGCAAAUUGUUUCCGUGUUGAGGUGCCGCAAUUCUAGUAUCAGCCAUCUACAUGUGUAUGGGACGACUGCUGGUCCAAGAGAUGAAGUGAUGCACAAAGUUAUUGAAGAAGUGAAAGAGAAUGAUGAAGUUAUGGUUCUACGUAUAAAUUGUUACGUGAAUCACAGAUCUCACAAAUUGUUUUGUCAAGGCCUAUAUAAUUUGCUGCCACAUUCAAAAUCUGGAAAAAAGGUGGAAAAUCUGGAAAGUGUAUUUGAAGAGUGCAAAGCAGAAUUGGAAUAUGUGAAGUCGGUUGUUAUGGUUGUCAUUCUGAAUAAUGCCGAAAUGUUGCUUAACUUUCCACCGAGCUUUUUGCAAGCACUCUUUUCCAUCCCUAAAAAGUAUGGUGGCACGAUCAAAUUAGUGUCAGUUGCUCGAUUACCGUGGACACGGUUUGAAAUUACUGAACAUAUAUCAUCACCUGUGCAAUUUGCUUUUGAAGCGUUGUCGAAAGGUAUGUUGUACGAUUUGACUAAUUUCUACAUAUAA